CCGCGCGAGCUGUGGCUGUUCGAAAGGACCGAAAAACUUCUUUUGCACGCGCGGCACAGAUGGGAAGCGCACUACUGCAACAACAACAACAACAGCAGCAGCAGCUUGCAGCUUGGUUAUGCAGAAAGAGCUGAAACACACACACACACGCUUGCACACACUUUAACCGACACUUAACGCGAACAUGAACGGAGAACGGACACGGCGCGAGCCGGAGUGUGUGUCCGCUCACUGAUUUCCCCGCAAGCGAACUUUAAAAAUAAUAAUAAUAAUCAUAAAUAACACGGAUAAAAGCUUCUCAGGACUACUACCGUGAAAGAAAGUGGACUUUUCUUGCUUCCUUUCUUUUUUUUUCCAACAGCGUUAUUAAAGUUUAGUGAAAUCUGACGGGUGAAAUCUUGCCGUCGCGCGCGCGCCGAGAUGGUGCAGAAAACGAUCUGCGCGGAGAGUUUUGAGUCCGGAGCGAUGGACGCGGAUCUGUCCGCCUCGCCAUCCGCGAGCCCCGGAUCCGAGAAGCUCGUGGACCCGGGCUGGUGCAAGACCCCCAGCGGACACAUCAAGCGGCCCAUGAACGCGUUCAUGGUGUGGUCGCAGAUCGAGCGGCGCAAGAUCAUGGAGCAGUCUCCCGACAUGCACAACGCCGAGAUCUCCAAGCGGCUCGGGAAGCGCUGGAAGCUGCUCAAGGACACCGACAAGAUCCCGUUCAUCCGCGAGGCAGAGCGCCUGCGCCUCAAGCACAUGGCCGACUACCCGGACUACAAGUACCGGCCGCGGAAAAAGGCCAAGUCGAGCGGAGGCUCCAAGCCCGGCGACAAGGCGAGCGGAGGUACCGGUGCCCACGGCGCCAUUUUGAAGGCGCAUUCCAAAAAGAGCGGAAGUUCCAAAACGGGCAGCGGCGGCGGCGGCCACAGCAAGGCGCACAAGGCGGCUCACAAAGCCGCGCCGCAUGACCCGGCCGCCGGGGCAGACCACCUCGCGCUCUACAAGUCCAACAAGUCGGACAAGAAACCGAAAAGAGUUUACAUCUUAGGGAGCGGAGGAGGAGGAGGAGGAGGAGGAAGCGUUCCCGCGAGCCCGACCCUCAGCAGCUCCACCGAGUUCGGCGACGCGCAGAGUCUGUAUGAGGACUCGCACCGCGCCUUCCGCGCGCCCUCGCCUGCUCCCUCCGCCUCGCGCCUAUCCCAAUCUUCAUCUUCUUCACCAUCCUCUUCAUCAUCAUCGUCGUCGGACGAGGAGUUUGAGGACGACAUGGCGGAGGUUAGGCGCCGCGCGAGCCCCGGAUUCGACAGCACGUCUCUGGGCAGCUUCGGCUCCUCUUACUCCUCCUCUUCCGCGUCCUCCUGCUCGCCGGCGCUCGACCGCGACUGGGACUCGAGCUUCGAAUCGUGUGCAGGUUCUCACUUCGACUUCCCCGAUUACUGCACGCCCGAGGUGACCGAGAUGAUCUCGCGGGACUGGCUCGAGUCGACCAUUUCCAACCUCGUGUUCACGUACUGAAUAAGCGGAGCGGAGCGCGCGCGCGGGGCUGAAACCAACCAACCAACUAACAAACACACAAUGCAAGGAAAUGAAACAAACAAACAAAAAGAAAAUAAAGAGAACUGUUUCACACAAAGUUGCAUUGAGACAGGUUGCAACCGAACAACGGAUGGGUCUCAAAAAUGCGCAAAAAAAACGUAAAAUUGCGUUUAAUUUAAAGAGAGAGAUCAAGAAGGAACUGGAGGCACGUGCGCUGGUGCAUUGAGUUGCAUCGUGUUGCAUUUGCAGAGAUGCAUCGAGUCGCGUUGCGUUGCAUUGCAUUAGGGCUACACUGCAAACAUCAACAAGUUCAGUGCGUUGAUUAAAAAAAAACAUUUUAAACAAAAAAAAAGUGAGAAAUGAGAAGCGGAGUUGCAAAGGCGCGUGCCGGGGAAACAAGAAGGGAGUUUGUUUUUGAGUUGCAGCAGGACUGGAAGGACCUGAAAGUGUUUGCAUGGAGAGGAGGAAGAGGAGGAGAAGAAACGUCCAUGUCCAAGACAACAACAAGAUCCUACUGCAAAAAAAUAAAUAAAUAAAUAAAAUGAAAUGAAAAAAUAAAGUCGGAACUGGAAAACUGUGAUUUGAUUUGCACGAGAAGCUGUUUUCAGUCAUCUUUUUAAAAAAGAAACAAAAAAGGACAACAUUGCGACAACCACGUGACUUUAACGCUUAAGAGGUACAGAAAUAGGCUGGUGGGAUUUUUUUGUGGGGGUGGAUUUAUGGACUUAUGAGCGAGGUGGGUAGACUUUAAGACAACCCUUUAUUAAAAAAAGAAAGAGAGAGAGAAGCAUGUUAUCUGUCCUCUGGUGUAUCACGGUUUUUUGUGCGACUGUGGAACAGUUCACUAGCAGUAGGUUUAUUUAAAAUGGCUAGAUGGCGCCAUGUUUGACUUUAAAAACAAAAAAAAUCACCAGCUGUUUUUCAUUCUGAACUUCAGGAUUCAAACUCAGAUCUGUGCUGAACUUUUUUUAAGGAAUCAGGA